GAGCAGAGUGGCUGGCGGCACCCAUGGCGCAGGUAGUAGAGUGGCAAGCUGCGUCCAGGGCGCGGCUGGUGAUGCCCUUGACGAGGUAGGUGAUGGCGCCAGCUACAAGGCAAGCAUGGGCGACGUUAGGGGUGUUGGUGGCGGCACUAGGGGUAGCUAG